AAUGAAAAUACGCGGAUGGCCGCACCCAUCGUGACUUCCGGAAUAAGGGAGAAGGCCUCGCGGUGGGUGGCCGUGGAGCAGUGUCCCUUUGUGCUGGGCCUGAGCAGCGAGAAUGGAGAGCUUCUGCUGGACGAGUGGAUCCAAGUCACUGAGGGCAACAAGACCAGAGAGAGGCACAUCUUCUUAUUCUGCGAUGUGAUUUUCAUCACCAAGCUCAAGCCCCACUCUAGCUACCGUGUGAAGCAUAGGGUGAGUCUUGAGGAUGUGUGGCUUUAUGGAUUUGAGGACGAGCGAGAGGAGGAAGAUGGAGAAGGAGAGAUACACCUCAAGACUUCCCUGGUCUUGGCAUGGCCUAUAUCUUUCUGUGUCCUAUCCUUUCGCUCGCUUGAGGUGAAAGAACGCUGGAUUGAUACUCUUCACAGGAGGACAAAGGAAGGUAAAGAAAGAGCAGGCUAUACUUCUCAACCCCCAGGUGUCCUGAUGAAGGUGUUGAGUAGCAGUGUCGCAGCUAAAACUCUAACAGGAGGAGGCAUGGAACCUUUAAUCAACUUUCCACUUGAUGGCGAAGCAAAGAUCUCCUCAAAGCAGUGUAACCAGGACGACCGAGGGACACAGCCGAUUGAAAACGCCAGCAGGUGGAGUAUUCUGAGGAAGCUGAGGGGCUCCAAGCUCACCAGCAUGUCCUUCCAUUCUGAGAUGGACAACCACCUGUUUGGACGACCGCUCUCCAAGACUUGCCCCAAAGACGGAACUCUCCCCAAACCCAUCACAGAGAUGUUGGUGCUUCUGUGGAAGAAGGGCCCCACCACUGAGGGAGUGUUCAGGAAGACGGGGAACAGCAAGAACCUGAAGAUCUACCGGGAGCAGCUCAAUUGCGGUGAGGAUGUGGACAUGGAGAACUUGCCCGUGGUCAUCCUAGUGGGACUCCUUAAGAGUUUUCUGAAAGAUCUUCCGGGUAACCUUCUGGUGUCUGAGCUGUACGAGGUCUGGAUGAAGGCCUUGGAGACUGAGGACAUCCAGCAGAGAUCCACUGAACUCAGGAGGGUGGCAGACAAGCUACCUGGGCCCAAUGUCCUCUUGCUGCAGUGUUUACUCUGCGUGCUUCACCACAUCAGUGAGAACUCAGAGGCCAACAAGAUGGAUGCCUACAACUUGGCUGUGUGCAUCGCGCCCACUCUGCUGCACAAGGACAGCACACUAGACGAGCAGAAGGAGCAGGUGGAUAAGGUGACCAAGCUGAGCCAGUUCCUCAUCAAACACUGCUAUGAAGUAUUUGGAGAAAACAUUCAGAGUCUGCUGGGAGAUCCAGAUGAGGAAAACUCAGAUUCCGUGUUUUCCCAGCAGCAUGACUCGGCCUAUGACAGCACCGACCCAGACGGAGGGGACAGCAUGGGCUCCACUCAGGGGGAGGGCGGUGGCUCGUCCCCCUCGCUCCUCUUCUCCGGUAGAGCAGAACACACAGCUGUCCCUUCCUACUCCUCGGAUACUAUUUUCCACACCUUCACCAAGCUCCCCUUCAGCCGUCGCUGCUCAGAGCCAACCAUCUUCCCCUCGGCUGAGGUGAGGUGCGUGCAGGGCCUAGCCCGCAGCCAUGAUGACUUUUCUGUGGAGAGGACAGCUUUCGAAGACCAGCCCUUGAAGAAGCAGAUCUCCAACGACUCCUUCCUGCGGUCUGGGCGGGGUGGGGCACCAGGUAUUCAGAAACUUGGUGGUGGCUCGUCCACGGAAAUUCCACCCUUUGACAUCCGUAACCCUGGUAACGCCACCUUGUGUUCCUCGUCCUGCUCCCUGGAGAGCGCUGCGUCCAACCAGUCAGAGGGCUCAGUUUUUACCAGCUCUCCAAGGACCUCGCCGGCGUAUCCUCACAGGGCCCAGUCAACGCGUCAUACCUCUCCCAGAUCCAGCUGCCAAACACUAGAGGCCCCUGGGGUGACCACUGAGGUCAAGCGACACUCCCAGUCUGUGAGGGCCAACGAUAAAGUCCCAAUGAGGACCAAGAGCCUGGGGCCUUUCUCUCGCUCCAGGGGAAGCCUGAAAGACCCCCUGAAAGACAAGCCUUUUCCCUGUGAGACCCUCCAGGAAGAUUCCCAGAGUGAGGCUGAGCCUGGAGAGCUGUCUCCCCGGCCACGCCCGCUGUCAGCCAUCGAGGUCUUCCAGCGGGCGGAUAGCAGGCUCCCCAGCCGGCCUCCGUCCUAUGAGCAGGCUGUGCAGAGUGCAGCUCAGCCCACUCCUCCGCAUUACCGCUCCAUGACAGUGCAGGAUGCCUCCAGAGAGCUCAGAAGGUCCCGCCCAGCCUCUAUGAAUGAGAACUUCUUGUCAACCUGUCCCGUCAACCAGUACACAGACUGUUUCUACCAGGACCCUGAGGUUAACGCCACUAGACCUGAGCAGAGUGUCACGUUCCGUCAGAGGGCCAUGUCUGAGUCUGUGUCCCAUGCUCAUCAUGACACGUUGACCAGGCGCUGCAGCCAGCCUUUUUAUGAAGAGUAUGCUUGCGCCAAGGAGACCUACGUUUAAAUACAAUACCAUGUGUCACUAUUUCCCUUGAAUGUACACACAUUAUGUGCAACUAUUAGGGUUGGACUUUUUCGUAGUACUGUUCAGAGGACAGAUCCAAGAUGUAAAAACAAAAAGCUAUUUAAAAAGGAUAUAGAAAAUCCUCUAGUUUUUCCACUGAAGAAGCUAUGUAAAUAAACAUGAUUUGCCAAUAGAGGAGACCCACAUGCUUAUAGUAUCAGUUUUUGUCGAUUAUUUUCCUUUUGUUGAUUUGUACAGCUAUUAUGGACCUUAUUGAAGUAGAUUUCUAAGUGUUGUACUUAAGUGUUGUGUCUUAUAUGUCUGAACGACAUCUUUACUUCCACUACAUUAAAGCACAUUUAUUAUAAACUA